CAUCAUCCUCUCGCAUAUAGCUGUAUAGUCUCUCUCUCUCUCUCUCUCUCUCUCGCGUUCGUUUUCUUUCCCUCUCCCCGCCCACGCGGCGCGACGAGGCUUUAUUUCUCCCGGCGCGUCUCGCCGACCGGCCACACGCUGACCGGCUGCAGCGGAGCUCGAAGUACACAUCGCUAUUAUCAUCAGUGUACAGUAGUCGUCGACCUGCAUUGGACUUGUAUAUUUUCUAUCUCCUUAAUCUGUCUCUCUCUCUCUCUCUCUCUCGUCCGUCUCCUCCCACUGCAUCGGUUGCUCCACUGGUCCACGAAUCGCACCCGCGGAAGAUAUCGGCACUGGGAAGAAAAACUCGGAAGAAUCGCGCGGGAGCAGCGGACGAGGGGGAGAAGUCCCUAUAUAAACAAAUCGGCUCGAGCUGCAGAAGGAGGAUCGUAUACUAGGAGAGAAAAAAAAAAGGGAUAAGGUGUGCGUAUAUACACGUGGCAAAAGGUACAAGAGACGGAGUGGGAGCUGAGCGCAACACGUGCUAGCUAUAGAGCCGCCAAAGAGAAAGAGAGAGAGAGAGAGAGAGAGAGAGCCUAUACAUAAAUGCAUCCCCGGACGUGGAAGGGCUGCAGAGUCGAAUCGUCGGCGAUUCGUCACAGCUGAUCGUUGUUUUGUUCCUAGUUCUCUCUCUCUCUCUCUCUCUCUCUCUCUCUCUCACGUUCGCGCUCCUAUAUACCACGGCGUGCUCGGCCAACUCUCCUCGGAGCUACUCGCCAGAAGAGACAAGCCUCGUCGUCGACACGCGUGGACACGCUCUCAUGUGCUGGGAGAUCCUACGGAGAGUCAGAUUCCGGACUUGGCUGAUGAGACGAUCUACUGCCCAUCUGUGAUAUUUUCAAGUGAUACACUCUAUAUUGUAGUAUUCAUCCUCGGCCUCCACUACUUUCAAUUCUUCUUCUUUGUCGCCGUCCGAAUUUCGCUGUUUUCGCUUCGAUUUUAUACUCUUCGUAAUUUCGAGGCUUCCGAGAGAGAGAGAGAGAGAAAGUGAGUCUAGAGCGCGGAGGAAAAUAGCGAACCGAUUUUUUUCUUCCCUGGAGAACGAGACACGCAGCUGGUACUAAAUGUCCACGUCUAGGUUGAGCGGCCUCGUGACUCUCACGUUCGCGAUUCUGCUGCUCCUGCAAUUAGUGCAGGCCCAAUCCGACGUCUACCAAUACGAGCAGAAGCGCCAGGGCGCCAGCAAAUACUGCGGCCAGCAGCUGUCCAACGCGUUGCAGCUAGUUUGCCAUGGGCGCUAUAACCCAAUGUUCAAGAAGAGCGUUGGCCAAGGUAUGGAGAUGGACGACUACCCGUUCAACUACGACGACUCCUAUCCGUUCAGGUCACGAGCGGUCGCCAAUGCGAUGAUGGGUCGUUUUGGAGCUGGCCGAUUUCGCCGCGACUCUCGUGGUGUUCACGACGAGUGCUGUCUCAAAUCCUGCACCAUGAACGAGAUGCGGAGCUAUUGCGCCAUACCUCAAUAAAGAGGUCACGCGCUAUUGCAACCACGUACUACACCAAAAGGAUCUAUAUCGGCGCUCUGUCUCUUACACUCAGCUGUGCUGUGCACCACGCGCGUGCGUAUGAUAUCUCUAUCAAUGUCGAGCGCCUAUCAUCUGCACUGAGGGGAGAUGUAUUCGUUUUUUUUUUCGUUUUUUUUUCUUUCUAUUUUUUCUUCCCGUCGUCGGAAAAGAGGCUCGAAUCUGCAAUGCGGCUAUGUGAUCGGAAUCAAUGUGUUAGUAGCGUAUAAUGAUGAAAAAUCGGGUGAUCAAUACUUCUGCCGCGGGUGUACAUUCGAGCCUUUUCCCGAAUACACACAUACAUACAAGACAGAAAUUUAUUUGUCUAGGUUUUUAAGUAUACGCAUUAGUGCUAUAAUUACUUGUGAUGACGUGAUGACAAGUCUAGAAGGUUGCUGGGGUUUUCGCAUAUCCUCAACUGCAGCGAGAGUCAAAGUUUAGAUUUUCAGUGAUACGCACGUACGCGCAGCUUGUAUUAUGAGAAAUUCAGUUUGACCACGUAUCGACUUUGGUUUGUCAGCUUCGCUUGACACUUUCACUUACGCGAGUAUUUUUAUGAUAAACCCGCGCAGCCUUCGUCCUGUUCAAGAUAAAUAAGUAGAUUGAAGUUUAUAGUUUUAUUUUUAGCAAAAAGAAAAUUUAUUUUAUUUCUUUGUAAGACUCGUGUAAGCUUAAGUUUAGCCUUUAAGUUUAAAAUUUUUAUCAAAAUGUUUUUGUAUUCUAUGGAGCUCAGAAGCGAUCGCAUGAAAAAGACACAUGCCUAUAGCAUAUCCAAUAAAGUUUUUUGAAUCAGAUCCCAAUUCUCUUAGAUUUUUGUCCAAGCAUUUUGAGCAGAUCUUCAUUCGGCCUAUUUUGUUUCCUUUCAUUCCUCGAUGAUCAUUUCUUUAUAAUCAUUAAAUGCAAAUGCUUCUUUGGGCCCAUUUGUUCUAAAGGCUCCCAUUAACCCUUUCAGUUAUUUAGAUAAUACGAGAAACGAAGCAUUCACCUGUCCCGCUAAUUGCGCUCUUUACAAUUACACCCACAUCGUUACGAAUACGUCAAUGUCCUGUUCUCCGUCUAUCGUACAAAUUUCCUCGCUAAAAUAAUUGUUUCAACACAACAUAAACAGUUAUAGCAUUAGCCGCAGUAGGCGAAACAAGGCAGUCUUGGUCAUGGCUGGCAUUCCUUUAUAGAUAAAUCCUGAGCCAGGUUAGCACGAGGAAAACAAAAAAUCGACUAUGCGCCACCUAUCGGUGCUGUGGAGAGUAGAGUGGAAAACUGCUUGGAUUCACGGCUACAAAUGCUUAACGCUACUAUAUAUCGGAUACAGCUUGAUCCGCAUGCUCGCACACCUUCGGCAAUUUUUCAUUGUAAUCCUUAAGUAGAACGUAAGAGUAGGUGAUUUUUUGUAUACGACCGUCGAAUGAAUUAUGUCAGAUAUUUCAGCGAUUAUUCUAAAGAACAGUGCCAGAAAGAAGGGAAUUUUAUCGAUUUGUAAGAUAACUUGCUUCUUAUUAAUAUAGUGAAUCUUUUAAUAUGUAUUAUCUAUCAUAAAAAUAUAAUUCUUCGAAAUACACCGCACAAUUAUAUAGUAACAGUUAUUAAUGCAUCCAACAAAUACUCAUUGAAGCAAGAUAUUGAAAAACUCUCACACGAUUCAUUAUUAUUAUAUUAUUGACACAUUUAUACCGUACACUUACAACAUAUGUUUUAAUCUUCGGCAUUUAUCGCACCACACAAGGAGAAGAGAAAAUUCUCUCCGAAUCGAUACACACGGCCAGACGGCGGCGAAGAGGUAGGAUUAAUUAAGCGUAGCGCUCAAGAUUUACGUUCGUUUAUUUCCCAGAGGCUGUGACGAGAUGAAAAGGGUCCGAUUAAGCGCUAUCGCGAUUUCAUGCUUAAUAUCGCUAGCGCACACGACUAUACAUUAUUAUACUGUGCUGCUUUUUAUUAUUCUCUCUCUCUCUCUCUACUUGGACUUAUACUUUUAAUUCUCGUUGUUCCGUAUACAUAUAGCGCUGCUGAAAAACAUUCUGCGUGAAAUGUGAAUCGACGCUGGAACAAAAUGUAGUGUCGAUGCGCCGAUCUGAUUUAUUAACUGUGAACUGUAAUAUCUACAUCGUUUAACGAGAUAGUUUGCUUGUUGUCAUCUUCCGAAAAAAUAGCUCGUAUAAACAAUUCAAUUUUAAUAUAUAAAAAAAUCUGA